UUCAUGCACACCAGACUCGAAAUGUCAAUUACCCAGUUUGCGUUAUUGGUUCUUUGUGCGGGCCAAACUUUGGGGCUACUUGUACCCCAGCACUACUGCGAUAAAAACUUCAGAUAUGCCUACAAAGACGCAAAUUCCUAUAUGGGCAUUUUUACGGCCCCCACCUUUUCUUUAGUAAAUUCGAAUGCAGUGCUAAACUGGAGGGCGACAUUCGAAAUCGAAGGAAGCCGCGACUUGUUUGUGGGCCCAAUGAAAACGUAUCCCAACAAGAAUGAUGCCGCCACGAACAUAGGUAAGGGAAUGCCGGCCGAGAUUUUUGUGGAGUUCGUGAAUAUCACCACCGCGCUGCCCAAGUUGAUCUCCUUUUCUAUCAACGACCAGUUACUGUGCUCCAGUGCAGAAUACGGAUUUCCCAAGACCAGAGCUACUGUAAGGCAUCGAAUGACCCUUACCGUGAAAAAUAAACGCCCAAGCCCAGUGUUUCAAAAUUACGGCGGCUAUUGAAUAUAAAAACAAUUAUUUCAUAGUAAUGACAAAGUGGCGC